ACUUCUUGCAUCACAGACCCACACAUUUAAUGGAAGACAAGCAGCUUAAAGAAAGGUUUCUGCCAUCGCUACAAGCCUCAGCAUCUGUAGCUGUCUGUUUGAUGCUUGACCUUUUUGGGUGCCUGGAUUAAUUCUGACUGAAUCAUGUCAGACCCUAUACUGGAAGAAAUCUUCAUUAAACGAUCUCAGCAGAAGAAGAAGACAUCCCCUUUGAACUACAAGGAGAGAUGGUUUGUUCUCACCCAGGAAAAAAUAGCCUACUAUGAUUUUGAUCCUGACAAAGGCAAGCGAAAAGGUUUGAGAGGAUCAGUUGACCUUGAGAAGAUCAAGUGUGUAGAGACGGUCCAGACAGAGCCCAACUCCCCAACCGAGCGCAUGUAUGCUUUCCAGAUCGUUUAUGAUGAAGGGCCGUUGUACAUUUUUGCAAAGACUGAAGAUAUCCGUGCUCAUUGGAUAAAGAAACUAAAGGAAAUGGUGCGCUUCAACAAGGACCUGAUGCAGAAGUACCAUCCUUGUUUCUGGGUCGAUGGGGUGUGGCUGUGCUGCCAGCAGGAAGUUAAACAAGCUAUGGGUUGCAAGGUGCUGGACAGUAAGAACGGCUUUACAUCUAAACCAUCUCGGCGAAGGGGAUCCAGGAAACCUCUUCCUCCCACCCCAACAGAGGAGAAGCCAGGUCGGCCUUUACCUCCACAGCCUCCUGAGCCACCUGCCCCUUCUGCCGGCAUGACUGUCAUAGCUGAGUAUAACUACACACCCAUGACAGAACAAGACCUGGAGCUGAGGAAGGAUGAAGAGUACACCAUCCUCGAGAUGGCUGACACAAACUGGUGGAGAGCCCGAGACAAAUAUGGCAAAGAAGGAUACAUACCUAGUAAUUAUGUUGUUGAAGCAGAAACUGGGCUAGAAAGAUUUGACUGGUAUUGCAAGAACAUGAACCGUAGCCAGGCAGAAAAGCUGUUAAAGACUGAGAACAAAGAUGGAGGCUUCUUGGUACGGGACUCAAGCAAGGCCGGGAAAUACACUGUGUCUUUGUUCAGUAAGGGUGGCGUAGAAACAGGCGGAAGCUGCAGACAUUAUAACAUCUGCACCACCCCACAGGGACAGUUUUAUCUUGCAGAGAAGCAUCAUUUCAGCAGCAUCCCAGAGCUCAUCAAGUACCACCAGCACAAUUCAGCAGGUAUGGUUAGCCGGCUGAAAUACAUUGUUUCUAACCGGGCGCGGCCCCCAUCAACAGCAGGGCUUGGCUAUGGUGUGUGGGAGAUUGACCCCCGUCACCUCACCUUCAUCAAAGAGCUGGGCACCGGUCAGUUCGGAGUGGUGAAGUAUGGGAAGUGGCAGGGCCAGCAUGACGUGGCCAUUAAGAUGAUUAAAGAGGGCUCCAUGUCUGAAGAUGAUUUCAUUGAAGAGGCCAAAACCAUGAUGAAGCUUCGCCAUGAGAACCUGGUCCAGCUGUAUGGUGUCUGCACCACACAAAGACCCAUUUACAUAGUGACUGAGUUCCUUUCAAAUGGCUGCUUGCUGACUUACCUCAGGGAAGGCCUGAAGCAGCACCCAACAACCGUCCAGUUCCUAGAGAUGUGUAAAGACGUCUCUGAGGGCAUGGCCUAUCUUGAGUCAAAUCAGUACAUCCACAGAGACCUGGCCGCCAGGAACUGUUUAGUAGAUGGCAAUGGAACUGUCAAAGUGACUGACUUUGGACUGUCAAGGUAUGUCUUAGACGAUGAGUACACAAGCUCAGCAGGUUCCAAGUUCCCUGUUCGCUGGUCACCUCCUGAGGUCCUCCUCUACUGCAAAUUCAGCAGCAAGUCAGAUAUCUGGGCAUAUGGGGUUCUGAUGUGGGAGGUGUACACUUUGGGGCGGCUUCCAUAUGAACGCCUAAACAACACGGAAAUAGUGGAUCAGGUGUCCCGAGGCCUGCGCCUCUACCGCCCCCAGCUGGCCAACGAAAAAGUCUACAGCAUUAUGUCAAGCUGUUGGAUCGAUAAAGCAGAUGAGAGACCCACCUUUCAAGAGCUGUCACUGUCUGUUCAGGAUUUGCUGUACGAGCUCCAGUAGAUCACAAAAUGAUCCACACACACAAACAGUUCACUCUGAUCCCCACAGAGCAGCAUCUCCGGCUGUCCCUGGAAAGUUAACACAAUGUUAAAACAGUUAACAACUUGAACAUGAGACAACACAGCCACAUUGAGGUCCUCUGUAAUGUGAAUAUGUGUACUGUGAAUGUCAUUAUAGCUCAAUGAUUAGAAAAGCUCUUUUAUCACAUAAGUACAGUCCUAUAGAUCAGCAUUUAAAAUGUGUAUAUUUUAUUGAAGGUUAAUGGAUUAAAAUUAUUGUAUGUCUUUAUUGUAUUCUGUGGAAUCAUUGUGGGAUGUAGAUGACUUUGCAUGAGGAAACAAGCUUUGUAAAAGCAGAUGUAUUGCACAAAUAAAAGCCAAGUAUGAUAGGCUUUGAAAUGACUGAAACAUCAUGUGAAAUGAAAAUGAGAAAACAUCUAAUAGGCCUAUUCAUGUAGUAUGAACUCUUUUGUAGUGUAGUAAUAAUAAUACUUUUGCAUUGGUUGGCAUUUGCUUUAUUUGUUUAAUUUGAUCAUUUAUAAUAAUGUUUUUAAAGAACUUGAACAAUGUCACACAUAACAAGGGUGACAUGACAACUACAAUCAGACAUCCAUUUAAUCAGUUUUUAAAGAGUAAAGCACAUUUAAAAAGAUAAGAUUUACAUUUUAAAGUAAAAAGUCUGAACAUACAAAGAUCAUGAAUGAUGAUACAUUUAGACAGAGAAAAUAUAAUUAAGUAAAAAUAAACAAAUUUCUUUAAUAACAUAUGAAAGUGUGCACACAUUUCUUAUUACUAAAGUUUAACAGACUUACAUAUAAUAAUUUCCAAUUCCAAUCAAUAGUUCUAUGGACAGGCAAGAAAAUUUGGACUUAUGAAUAUGAAAUUUGCCUAAUAAGAUGAAUAGGUUAACGGACUGUUGUAUUUUUUGGUUCUUGUUUUCAUAAUAUAGAAUAUCUCUGGCUUCCAAAAUAAUUGUAAGUUUGGUUGGUUGGCAAAUAUUCCUUUCAUUUUUCUCCAGAAUAUUGUAAAUGGGAUUUCAUAAAAUUAUCAUAAUGUUUUAUUGUGUCUUCUUUACAAAAAUCACAUUUGUUGAGGUUAUAUAUAUAUAUAUCAAUUUUUUAUAUCUACUGUAAAUGUAAUUCCGUUAUAAUACAUUUUUUAGCACAUUUGUGGCUGUUAAAGUAAAUUUAUUUUACAGAAAACAAAAGUCCUAAUUUUUGUAGCUGUUGCUGUUCAAAGCUGCAUUUCAUUAACUGCCUCUAGCAACAGUAUUUAUAACCAUUUGAUAUUAUUUACAUGGAGGCUAACAGGAACAUUUUUAGAGCUAAGAAAUUCUUCAUAACAUAGAAUUUGAGCAUUUUCAUUUUGUAAGCCUAUAAGGAAAACAAUGUUCCAAUGCUGUAAAUAUGUAUGUUUUCUGCAAUUAUGUAUUCACUAUUCGAUAAAAUGGUUUGGUGGGGGAGAAUAAUUGUGUACAAAACAUGUUUUUUUUCUGCAGUAAGAACUUGAUGAUAUUUAGACAACCUUUCAGUGAUUUUGUUACAUCAUAGUUUCAUAAUAAAAUAAACA